GGAAGAUAUGGAGAGCGAGAGGGAUCCUUGCACAGUGGUAGCCGGUCUCCUACAAAGGAUCUGCGGGCGGUUCGCCUGAAAGCAACCAUUGGCUUUUUUUUGUCUCAUUAGAGAGACGGAAAGACAUAAUGCGCACAGAGCUUUGAGAGCAGCAGCAGCAGCAUAUUGCCACCCACCGAACGCCUGGGCGUUCAAGGGGCUCAAGUCGAGAAGUUCCGUAAAGCGCACCUACAGCUCCGAGACAGGGUCUCAGGGAUCAGAAGGGGAAACCAUGCCGGAGCAGCGAAAGAAGAAGCUCUUCGUGUUAGUGGAUGUGCUCUGCGUGCUUGUGGCCUCACUGCCCUUCCUGAUCUUGACCAUCAUGUCCAGUCCCUACAAACGGAGAGUGCACUGUGACGACGAGAGUAUAAAGUAUCCCUUCCUGCCGGACACCAUCACGCCUGGCCUCAUGGCCGCUGUCACCAUCUCCUGCACUAUCAUCAUUAUUACGUCUGGUGAGGCUUACCUGGUCUACACCAAGGGACUGCAUUCCAACUCCGACUUCAACCAGUACCUGUCGGCCCUAUACAAGGUGGUGGGCACGUUCAUAUUCGGGGCAACAGUCAGCCAGUCUCUCACUGACCUGGCCAAGUACACGAUUGGCCGGCCGAGGCCUAACUUCCUGGCUGUGUGCGACCCUGAGGUCUGCGAGGGCUACCUCCAGGAUGCCAACUGCACCGGGGAUCCCCGCAACGUGACAGAGUCCCGGUUAUCCUUCUACUCCGGACACUCCUCCUUCGGGAUGUACUGCAUGCUGUUUUUGGCGCUCUACGUCCAGGCGAGGAUGGUGACAAAGUGGGCCCGGCUCCUGCGGCCCACCGUCCAGUUCUUCCUCGUGGCCUUUGCCCUUUACGUGGGCUACACCCGUGUAUCCGACUACAAGCAUCACUGGAGUGACGUUCUGGUGGGGCUCCUGCAGGGGGCACUAAUUGCCGUCCUCAAUGUGCGCUACGUGUCGGACUUCUUCAAGCAGCGAGCACCCAGCUGUGUGCAGACGGAGGCGGCAGAGAGGGAGGCCCUGGAGGGCAAGCCCAGUGUGCAGAUUGGGGAGGGGGAACACGGCAACCACUACACCUACCCCCGGAUGGUGUGAGCACCAGUGUGCCUGUCUCCCAUUCGUGGACAACUUGUUCCCCCAAAGCUACCACACCAACCAAAGCGCUGCAGACUGUCCACAGCCCCCCAUUUCAACCAAUCACUGCCUCUGACACUGACCCCGCCCCCCAACCUUCCUACCAAUGGCUCACCUAGCCUGCUCGGACUGAAAAUACUUAUCCUUGCAGGUCUAUAACACAAGAGGUCAUGUCUGAUUUACAUAUUUUUGCCUUUUUAUCUUUCUCCUGUUUUUUUUUUUUUUUUAUCGGUUGACUUGAGUACUGCGGAUGCUGCGCAAUGAAAGCCGUACAAAGUGAGUUAUGAGUAAGUUUGUGGGUUGAGGUUGGCUGUGACGACGAAGUCAUGUGAUGGUCUAGUCAAGUGAUCUCAGUGCCGGGCAGCCAACAUGAGCUCUUGAAGACCAGCAUAGUGUAUCAAGAAGGACCCAGAGUCGCUUUUGGUAGAUCUCAGCUGAUAUAAUGUCCAUGACUUAAUCAGGACAGCUACUAUUGCUUAGUCAAACCAGUAAGACAAGUUCAAAAGCAUCGCUGAAGAUUCAGCUGAAAUGCUACAGAAAAAUCUGUCCUAGAACCUCCUGCUUAUCUCAGAUAUUCCGCAAGACUGUGAAGGUGAGUUCAGUCCUUACGGGAAAACCCACCACUGUCCCGGUUACCUAUAUUCAAAGCUCACUUGCCACAUACACAGAAGCAUUUCACUCCGCAUCUGCACAAUGCAUGCGUGUGUGACGAAUAAAACCUUAAAUUAUUUCCAAAUAUUUAUCGUUGUCCAGAGUGGUUCUAAGUCGGCUUAUAUCUCCUACUGAAUCACAAUUUAAAAAAAAAAAACUUGUACAUUAAAUAACUUGAUUUUUUUUGCUUUCCACAUACAGCUUGCAGCUGUAAGUGUAUAGCAGGGUAUUUUAAGGUAGACUGGUUUUUAUCUGGCUAUGUAAAAUUGUUUUUGUUUUUUUUUACCAAUGAUAUGCCGCCUCCAGUGCUGCAGGUUCCAAUUGCAAGCAGUAUGAGAAUCAAUAUUUGUGUUACCCACCCCCCCCCCCCCCAGUCUGACCUGUUCUCUCCAGUCAUGUGACAAUCGAAAGGGAUUCUGCUGUUGCCGUUGUGCAAUAGUUACAUGAUUAGCUACUUUGAGAUUGUGAAGCAGUGCGCAAAUACGCUGCUGUUAUUCUGGAGUGUGUGUAUGCAGUGUGUGCGUUUUGCUUGUGUUUCUGCAUGUAUGCCGGCCUCUCAGAUGCGUGGACUGUAUGUGCGGUAAUUGGGUUCUGAUGGGUAAUCAGGUUCUAGCUCAGUCUGCAUUAUAAGUGCAUGCAGGAAUCAUACCGUUCUACGCUGAUGCACUUUCCUCUUGACUUAUUCCUAAGGAUGAAUUCUAGAAAACCUGUUCAUUUCAGACACGAAGAGAAGGUUUAAAAAUCAAUACCAGGGCUCUAUAUAAACAAGCCCACUUUCAUCCUGGUAGCUUUCAUAGAACAGAAGUUUUAUCAUAAAAUAGUGCUGGUUUAAUUACCUUAUUGAAGGAACCUUUGGUAUAUAUGCAUUUUUAGUAUUACGUGGCUGUUUUUGCUGUAAACAAACCCUAACCCUCAUCCCUCUCAUAUUGUAUAUUGAUGCAUUUUUUUGUAGUUGUCAAUGUCAGAUCCUGUUAAAUAUAUGUGACGGAGAGACCCCACGCUGCCACUUUGUAUUUCAUUGCUGGUUUUAUGCCAGUCAUCCAGUGAUUCUCAUUUGAGUUGUAAUGGGAUCCAUCAAGAAUUCCUCGAAACUGACUGUGACCAAAGAAGGCACCUGUAUUUUUUGAAUGCUGGGAUGUCAUGAUUGCUCAGUCGCAGUCGAUAUGACGUUCAACCAAAACUGCUGAAAAAGGACUUAAAAAGGACUUUUGUCAGAGAGGGAGAGAGAGAGAGAGACUUCUGUUGUCGCUGAGAAUGUGGACUUGAAGACAUCAAAGCGGACGUCUCGCCAACAGCUAAUGGGGGUCGUGAGCUGACAGACAAGUUCUGGAACGAGCUGUUGACAUGCAUGCGCCUAGUUAUCAAACUUAUCAAUCCAGAUUCCUGUCUGCUUAGGAAUCCCAGAGUCAGAAGGGUGAAGGUUUGUUGGCAGAAAGUGCCAGAAAGAUUCACAAACAGCCCAUGUCUGUGAUGUAUGAUCUGUGUUCUGGUCAGUUCCUCAGCUCUGUCGUUUUGUGUCUGUGUGACAGUAAAGCUGAUAAAUCCAGCAGCCCGA